GCCCCCUGCCGGCUCAGGAGAAGGUGCGGGCUGGGGAACCCCAGCGCCCCCAGUGUCCUAGUGCUCUUAGACCAUCUCAUCCCCCAGCCCCUCAACAGCCAUCACUGAGCCUUCAACCUGCACCAGCUCUACGCUGUCGUCCUCCCCCGAUCACCUCAGCAUCCCCUGGGCCAGGCUGAGGGAGUUGCACUAGAAAAUCAGAAGCCAGCCUGCAGCGUAGCAUGAGAACUUCCAUACAUACUUGGGUGAAGUGGGCAGAAGAAACAUAUGGUGCACGGUAAUAGGUAUGUGUUGUCAGACGUCACCAGUGUGGUGCUCUGCUCUAUCUAAUGUUGAUAACAGCUGCGUGCGUGCGUGUGCUCGUUGUGUGCUGCCCCAGCUCUGCGCAGAUCACUGGCACAGCAGAUCUCCAGCGAACUGCCCAAUGACCACAGACUCUGAUAAGAUUACCUUGUCUUCCAUGCACUGGGAAAUGAGAGUCUGGAACCUGCUCCCAGUCAGUAAACUCUUGACAGUGGACUAGACUGCAGCUGUGCUAAUAAGCUAUGGCCAUCGUGAUGAGCAUUUUUCCAGUUCUCCUUUGGAGAAUGAUGGUGUUUCAGGCAAACUUAUUGCAAGCUAAAGGAAUUCAGGUUCUCCCACCUGUUAACUUCACUCUCACAGUCUCUGCACUAGCAGAAGUACUUUUGCAAUGGAAACCAAACCCUGACCAAGAAAAGAACUACACUGUUGAAUACAAUGUGGAAAUUCUGACUCCUGAGAGGGAACCGUAUGAGACAAAGAAAACUUGCAGUACCCGUACGGCUGUGCUUCAUAAUGGUUUUUCUGCACGUAUUCAGACAUUGCUUCUCUAUAACAACUCGCGAAUAGAAAGUAACUGGGUUACAGCUAAACUUCAAGCUCCACCAGGUGCUGUUGAGACAUCAGUUACUAACUUAUCCUGUGUGAUUUACACGGACAUUAAUAAUACUGCAUCUCUUCAUUGCACCUGGCUUGCUGGCAAAGAGGCACCAGAAGAUACAAAAUAUUUUCUAUUUUACAGGUAUAAUAGCUACACUGAAGAAUGCCAAGAAUAUAGUAAAGACAAAUGGGAGAGAAAUAUUGGUUGCCGAUUUUCAAACACUUACAUAAAGACUAGUGAAGCUGAUGAAGUCAUCAUACACAUUAAUGGGUCAAGCAAGUACACUGCAAUCAAACCUUUUGAACAGUUAUUUAAUCCAAAUGCCAUUGAGAAAGUGAAUCCUCCCAGAAAUGUCACCGUGUCUUUAAAACAAAACAACCUCCUGAUCACGUGGGAAAUGCCAGUUUCUUCUUUCAUAAAGGAAUGUUUUGAAUAUCAACUUUACAUCUACAACUGGAAGAUGGAUUACCAACAGAUACUGGAAACAGAGUUCAAUGAUUUCAAUUUAAGUAUUGAUGACACCUGCAGAUACUCCGUACAGAUAAGAGCUAAUCAUCAAUCAUGGUGUAGUGAAGGAUUUUGGAGUAAUUGGACUGAACCUCUUUAUAUUGGAAAAAACCAGCCAAGGACUCCAGUAGACUCCAAGGCCUACACGGUUCUCAUUGCGCUUAUAGUAUUCGUAUGUUCCACGGCAUUGCUUACUGCUAUAAUAUGCAGAAAGUAUCACUUAUGGAGCAGACUAUUUCCACCAAUUCCAACACCCCAAAACAGUUUAAAAAAUCUGUUUUUAAAUAAGAGCUAUCAGAGAGCACGUACCUUUACCAGUGAAACGGAAACAGAAAUUGGAAGUUGCUUUGAAGAUCUUGGAAGCUAUGUUGAAGACCUUUCUUCGGAUGUCCUUGAGGAUUCUUGUAAUAUGAACGAUUAAUCCAUUCAUGAGCUUGAAAUUAACAGGAGUGUUACUGCAAGUGACAACGGCUUAGAUUGGAUAAACCUUCAGAUCAUACCAUCAUCAGUGCUUCAAACAUAGAAAAUGUGUUGUUUCCAAGAGAUGAAAUUGCUUAAUAAAAAGUGACAUUUGUAUGUGUUAGCUUGUAAAGAAAAAAGUGACUACGUUCUGUGACGCUCUCUACCUCGAGGGGACACUCUACACCCCCAUUAUCAUCUUUAUAAAAUGAUUGUGAGGUAGCCAAUGCAAAGUUUGUCAUGUUGGGUGUCUUUGGAAGGCUCAUGAUGCACUGAGCAUGGUUGUU